AUGGUGGUUGACAUCAGUGACGUCAAUAUCGCUCGCUGGUUCGACGGUCUCCUCAAUCGCAAAGUUGGCAACCAAAUGAACAAAAGUCGGCAUUUGCGAAAACCGUUCAAAAUCACCGUGGAAGGUAAGUCGGUCCAGGCGGCCGUGAUCCAUGACGCCAUCGUAGAUCUUGAGGGACCGCGCAGCUUGAAGUUGGCGUUUACGAGGCAGCUGUUGCACACUUGGCGCUGGAUCUCAACGAGCCAAUUCUCCCGCACCGCGGACUUCAACGGCCGGAUCCACGCAACAUCGGCUGGGUUCCCUCUAUAA